AUGUCUAGCCCUCAUUCCUCUUUUGGCACCUGUAGGCUAGACUACGCUAAGAAAGCAAGGACCAGGAAGCCCACAUGGUGCGCGACAAUCAUUCAGGAGAAAGCGCAGCAGCCAAGGCCCAAUCGUGGCGCCCAGCCGGAGCUCCUCGCGCGUCCGGAAGCUCCUAAGGAGAACCAGUUUGGCUUUAUUACGGAGUCGGUUUGGGUUAAAGCCGCACCACAGCACGAACGCGACAGCGGGGAAGCGGAAGUCGACCUCGCUCGACGAGCCGGGAAAGAGAUGGACAGGAUUGACGGGGUCCAGGGCCCUUGCACCUGUCAAUUUGGACCCUCAGGGUUAUUCCCCGUCUGUGCGCUGGAGAGAAGAAAUUUUCCGAGGAGAAACCCUGGUGAUGACGAGAAGCCCGUAAUCCUGACCCCGGAUCAUCACCCUUCUUCUGCCCCCGACUCGCGCAUUUGGAGUAAUUGUCGCGUGCAUCGCAAUAUAGAGGAGCUGAAGAGGGUUGGCUGA